GCUUGCAGUGUAGCUGCAGCACGUCAGGCUUCGAGAUCGAAACACGCGACUAUUUGAUUAGGGGCGAACACAAGCCAACGUUCAACGUAACGAUUCGCGCGCGCAUGCGACGCGAAUCCAUGCUCAGCCGCUGCGAGAAUGAGCCAAACCGUAUUAUCUUUCGGCUCGAGCAGCCUACAAGCUGCUGACCUUGACACGCUUGAAGACCGUGAAUGGUUGAACGACAAUAUUAUUGCGUUCUUUUUCGAAUUGAUGGAAGCGCAACUGGGGGAAAAGAGGAAAGACGAGGCGGCAUUGUGGCCACCAAGUAUUGUGGAGCUGCUUUGCUCACUAUCGGACGGCGAAGAACGCGAUCACGAGGGACUCUUCCCGCCUUUGAGGUCAUGUGCGUUCCUACCGAUCAAUGACCGCUACUCGUCAUCAACACACGACAGCAUUGGCACGCACUGGUCCCUUUUGGUUGUCACUGAUGGUCAUGCUCCAGAUAUCGCAAAGGCGAGGCACUACGAUUCACUUUAUGGGCACAACGACCGUGCGGCACGGCGAGUAUGGUACAAGUAUCACCGUCUUAUUGGUGGUAGCACCGACAAAGGCAAUUGCGCCCUCGAUCGAUUUGAAGAGGCAAAAGAGCUUGCUUCACAAGUCAAUGCAAACGAUUGCGGUCUGUAUCCCCUUGUCUUCGCCGACCUCCUGUUGCUCUCAUGUAGUCCUCAGCCGCAGGGUGCAAAGACGAUCGCAGCGAAAGUGCUGCCAAAAGACGUGGAGGCUUACAGGAAGCGAUUCAGAGAUUGGACACACAAGUGGCUCGAAUAUUGCAUAAAGAAGCAAGAGAGUUGGAAGAGCUGGUCGGACGUCAAGGCGCAUGUUGGCGAUGUACCGCGAUUGAAUCUAUAGUCUUCAGUUGAUGUAACAUAUACCUUCACUGGGCGAUGGUUGUCGGUUGACCUGCC